UCGGCUGCAAGAAUGACAGUCACUUGAAAUGCCAAGAUAAAGCAGCGAUUCCGGGUGGCUUUGCCGGUCCAUUUUAAAAGCUAUGUGAGCCGUAUUUUUCCUUGCGAGACCCUGCUCCAGAGUGAGCGCCCAGAGAGCAAACCCCGCUCAGCCUGAGCUGCCCAUCCCCGCAGCCGCUGCUGCCGACAGAGGAUGUCUUCGGAGCCAGCGUCGGGCACCGAUGCCAGCAGGAGAGGCCUCAAGAAGCCGUGUUCCUUCAGCAUUGAGGACAUCCUCUCCAGCCCGGCAGAGAAGAGCUCGCAGGUCCUGGUCCCGCUCUGCCUGCGAGGCAUCUUGGACUCCGCACCCAAGGGGCUGUGUGAGCUGGAGACCAUCCCAGCCAGCUCCCUGCAGGAGGAGGAGGAGGAGGAGGAAGAAGAGCUGGAAGGGGCAGGUUGCAACUGCUGCUGCUGUUCUCACAUGAGCACCCGUUCCCUGCAGGACUCGCCGAGUUGGCUGGACGCCCGGUUCCCCUGGCCCAUGCGUCUCUUCCACUCGGCUGUCAGGGUCUGUAAGAGCCCCCAGGGGAACCCGAGCGAGCUGCAGACUUUCCACCAGAUCCAGCGCCGGACGCGCCGGCAUCGCACCAUAUUCACCGAGGACCAGCUGCAGGCCCUGGAGACGCUUUUCCAUCAGAACCAGUAUCCGGACGUCAUCACCCGCGAGCACCUGGCAAACCGCAUUCACUUGAAGGAGGAGAGGGUAGAGGUUUGGUUUAAGAAUCGGCGGGCCAAGUGGCGGCAUCAGAAGAGGGCAUCUGCCUCAGCGCUGAUCCUCCAAGGCACCAAGAAGCCCCCCGAGGAGAGCUGUUAGUGGUCGCAUCUCAGCAGAUGAAUGCCAAGAGCAUCCAUCUCCCAUAGCCGAAGGGUUCUGUAGGGGGUAACCUGAAAGGGACUAAUGAAGCGGAAGGAAAUCUCUGUGAUUCCCAAAGGAGGAGGAUAGAUAAAAGCAGACAUGACACUUCCAUGCCCCGGUUUCUCUUCCAAACCUAGUUCACGUGGCAAAUAACCCACCAGGCAGAUGCUUACCC